UAAGUCACUCCUGAUUUUGAGGGCAGUAAAACAUAAAGAAGAGAAGAGAGGGAAUAAGCGAUCGAUUUCUUGAUCCAUACUCAGAACAACAUCCCUCUCUUUUUUCUUUUUUCUUUUUUCUUUUUCAGUUUUCUUUCCAUCUCAAACCCUAAUCAAUUCCCCCUAUUCUUUCAUUUCUUUCUUUCUUUCUUCAAUCUUUAUCGAUUUUAUUCCCCCCUAUGGCCAUUAUUUUUUCUAUUCUUUUCUCUAUACACUGAUCGAUCCUCUUCAAAUCUGUUUUUUUCACAUUAUCACAAACCCUAAUCGGCAAUGGUUACUCACACAGCUGACUCUUCCUCUAAUCACCACUCGCCAACCACUACUAAUGCUGCCGCCAUCAAUAACCCUAAUUACCCGCGAAAAAACUUACCUUCUCCGUGGAUCAAGGUUGUUCGCGGUGCUGAUUCCGAACCACUCAACCACCCAUCGCCGCCAUCGUCUUCUUCUUCGUCAUCCAUUGAUUCUGGCAAUUCCGAUGCCGCCGCCGCUGCGUCUGCCGUAGAUAACUCAAAUGCUGACAAGAAUAACAAUGCGUGUAACCCUAAAAACGCUUGGAAGAAUCCAUCUAAUGGUAUUUCUGAUGUGAGUCCUGUAAUGGGUGCUGUUUCUUGGCCCGCUUUAUCUGCUAAGCCUACUGUUAAAUUGUCAUCUGAUUCCUCUUCCGCCAUUGACGGAUCAAUCUCCAUUCCUCAGGGGUCUAUUACUUCACAUUCCCCUCAGAAACAUGCUAAUGCAAAUGUUACUGUUGAUGCUAAUGUGAAACCUACUCCUCCAAUAAACUGCGGUGUGGGUAAUAAUAGACAAAGAUCGACGAGGCGGGGAGGAGGAAACGGCGAUAGCAAUACGGGUCCUUCCAACCCCGUUCACUCUAAUCUUCAACAAUCGGCUGCUCCACCUUUUCCAGUGCUUCAGAUCCCUACUACCACCUCUCCUGACGGGAUUCAUCUGUACAGGAACAAUAAUGGCUGGAGUCCAAGGUCACCUGUUGGGGUUUAUGUGCCGCCGGUCAAUGAACACAGGAGUCCCUCUCACAGGGGUAAUCAUGGGAACCGUCCCCAUAACAAUUACGGCGUCAGACGCAAUCAGGGUCCGGGAAAUUUAGUAAACACUAGAGAUCCUCCUCAUCUACACCAGAGAAUGCAUUCAAGCGGAUUUCUGACACCGACAUUGCCGAAUUCUGCCUCAUAUUUAGGACAUCAGUCUUUGAGGCCAUUUGUAAAUCAGGCUGGGUUUCAUGAAUUCUGUUAUUAUCCAACAUUGCCGUUUGAACCCUUUGGAGGAAUGCCAUUCUUGACCCAUCCACCUCCUCCCGCGAUGUUCUUCCCGGUUGCAGAAACUCAACUGAUCAAUUCAAUACUUAAUCAAGUUGAUUAUUAUUUUAGCGAUGCUAAUCUAGUAAAAGACGACUUUCUGAGAUCCAACAUGGACGAAUGCGGCUGGGUUUCAAUUAGCUUGAUUGCAAACUUCCCACGGGUUAAGAAUUUGACUAACAACAUUGAAUUAAUAUUGGAGUCACUGAGAACUUCGUUAGUCGUGGAAGUACAGGGCGACAAACUGAGGAGGCGCAAUGAGUGGAUGAGGUGGCUACCCUCUGCUCAUCGACGUGGUUCUGGUUCAAUAUCACCCAUUGGAUCAAGUUGCAAUAAUAACAUAGCUGCUGAUUUUGAUAAGAUCACCAUUGACGAAGCAACUACCACAAAUGGCGAGUCUACAUGAAAGAGACUUCCACAAAUUGUGAGAGAAGACUUUCAAUUAGUCUCAAAUCCCAAUUUAUGCUCGGAAGGACAAUUAAAUCAAAACAUAUCUACUUCAUUAAUCCAUUGUAGUAUUUCAUUUUUUAUUUUUAAAACUAUUUUUUGGAAGGGGUGUUAGGGAUAGAUUUGUACUCUUGAUUCAUGGCCAUAUUGAUUUUGAUAGUAGUUUAGUCGAUGAGAUGAGCUAAUAAGAAUUAGUAUUGGCUUAAAGGACAAAAAGAAGUUGACGUGAGGUAGAAGAAACUUAGAAGGAGACAACUUUGACAAAUUUUUGGUUUUGUACAGCUUUAUAUUUGUUGCAACUAAUUUAUUCAUUUUCUGGUGGUCUGUGAGUGAAGUACUUCAUCAAUUGAAAUGAUUUGAUGAGUUGAACUUGUUUCAAGUAUAUUUGUACAAUUUGUUUCUUGACCUAUUUUUUAUGCAUAACGUUAUUGAAUUUCA